AUGGCUGCUGGUAAGAUUAAUUUGCGAAAGUUGAAAAUUCAGGCUUACUAUUUCGAAAUUUGCAUAUUCAAAUUUGACUUUGCAAUUUUUUUACGAUCUAGAAUGUUGUAUUUUACCAAAAAUUUUGUAAAAUUUUUUGGUAAAAUACGAUAUCUCUAGCCUCGGUCGAAUAUUUAAGCAAAUAAUUGUAAAAUUUGCAUAUUCAAAUUUAAAACUUCAAUUUUUUUAAUAGGAAAAUCAAACUUUAAUUUGAUUUUUUCAACAAUUUUUGGGCAGAAUACGAUAUAUUUGCUUAUGUAUUUCAGCUGCCACCGAAGAGAUGUUCCGAGGCUUGGUGGCCCGCGUCAUCCGUCGAUUGGAGCGAGAUAAGCACAUGGACGGUUUCACCGACGACGAACUGGUCUAUAUUCUGGACAGAACCUACGAGCAUCUCAAGCCAAUGCCCGCCAUGGUCGAAAUGAAGGCACCACUAGUCAUUUUCGGUAAUUUUUUGGGGAAAAAUAAGUUUUUUUAAACAAAAAACUUUUGAAUAAUCAAAAAAUCAAUAAAAUUCUUGUUGGAAUUAAACAUAUAUGGCUUUGAAAAUUAAAAAAGUCACUUCCGCAAUUCGUAUUUUACAAUUAGAAGAACAAAUUUUUACGUAAAAAAGCAAAAAGUUUCGUAGGUCCCGGCCGGGUUCGAACCGGCGGCCUUCUGCGUGUAAAGCAGACGUGAUAACCACUACACCACGAGACCACGGCUUCGUUCUCUCUUCAUUUUCUCUUUGCAAGAGGGCGGGAAAAGCGCGGAAAAAAGGGAGUAAAAGGGUAUUUAGGAGGCUUUGAAUAGAAGACUGCACAAAUGUGAUCGCAAAAUAUUGCUAUUAUUGUCAUGUGGAUCAAAAAUUACACUGGUAUGACUUUUUGGCAAAAAAGUUAAAUUUUUGGGAAAGAAUAGGAGAAAAUGUCGUUUUUGAGCGAAAAAAGUCUAUUUUAUUCAACAAAAAUGAGUGCUUCGUAUUUUAAAACCCUUAUCAAUUGUUCUAGAUAACACUAGAAUCUUUUCUGAUCUGAAUACCCACCUUUUCCGGCCAAGUGAAACAGUUGACCCAGAGUGUCAACUCUUCCCCUCUAACACCAUCUCAUUUCAGGGGAUAUCCACGGUCAAUUGGCGGACUUUCAACGUUUCCUGAACCUGGUCGAACGCCCUCCGCUGACCCGGUUCCUAUGCCUUGGCGACUACGUGGACCGUUGCCGGCAUUCGAUGGAAGUUACCAUGCUCCUCUUUUGCUACCAACUCCGCUUCCCCAACGACGUCACUCUGCUGCGAGGUAAUCACGAGUGCGCCAAGAUGAAUCGCGGCUACGGCUUCUACGAGGAGUGCCGAAGGAAACGGAGUGUUUUUGUGUGGAAAAAGUUUCAGCGAUGUUUCAACGAGCUGCCGUUGAGCGCCUUGGUGAACAAUCGAAUUUUGGCGAUGCAUGGGGGCAUUUCGCCUGAUAUCAAGAACUGGGACUCACUCAAGAAACUUCAGGUGAGACUAUUGUGUAGUAUAGAGCAGCUAGGUUUUAUAUGGACUAAAGAAAUGUAUAUUUUUAUAUUGUACUAGUCAUCAAAAUCUAAAAUUUUUAUUUUCCCUAAAUUUCACCUCCAUUACUCUUCAGAAGCCCCGAACCAACCUAGAAUGCGAUAUUGGCAUCCCUCUGGACCUGAUGUGGGCCGACCCAACGCAAGACACCUGCGGCUCUGGCUGGCAAUACAACAAAGUCCGGAAUGCGUCGUGGAUGUUCGGGAAUGACGUCAUCCGCGAGUUUUGCGAACUUCUGGAUAUUGAUUUGAUUGUACGCGCUCAUGAAGUGACUCCAGACGGCCAUCAGUUCACUGGAGACAAGAAUCAAGUCUGCACCGUGUUCUCGGCCCCGAAUUACUGCGGAGUCGAUGGGAAUUGCGCGUCGAUUAUGAAGGUGUCGGAGAAGCUGGAGAUCUCGUUUGUGACGUUGAAGCCGAAGCUGGAUUUGAACUUGCUGAGUCCGGAUAGACGAGCGGAAUUGGCAAAGUGAGAUUGAUUUUUAUUUUUUUUGCACUGUGCAAAUUUUGAAUUUAUUUUUUUGCACUGUGCGAAAUUCGGAAAUUAAUUUUUGCACCGCGCAGACCAAAAAAUAUUUAUUUUUUUUGGUUUUUAGCACUGUGCAAGGUCGAAAUUUUUUUGCACUGUGCAUAAAAAUAAAACUUUUUUUUUGCACAGUGCAAAGAUUAAAAAUUUAUUUUUGGCACUUUGCAGAUUGGAAAAUUUUUUUGUUAGUUUUUGUUUGCACCGUGCAGAGCUGUAAUUUUUUUGCACUGUGCAUACAAAAAGUUGUUUUUUUUGCACAGUGCGGUGGAUUUUUUGGGCGCAAUUUUAAAUCUGCACUGUGCGAUUCAGUCUUUUUGAAAAAAUGACGAUUGCACAGUGCGAAGAAGAUGAAAAUUUUUUUGCACCGUGCAAAAAUUUUUAAAUCAAUUUUGAGCUUGCACUGUGCGCUUUUUGAAAGAAAUAAAUCUGCACUGUGUGAAGAAUAAAAGUUAUUUUAACGCACAUUGCGAUAAGAAAAAAAAAUUUUUUUUUAAUAUUUUUAUGGCAAAAUUUUUGCAGACAAACCUCUCACGAAGUCAAAUCUCCCAUGCCCAUAGGGCACAAAGCGGGCUCACCGCCACAAAAAGCCAAUUCCAAGGAGGGCGCUUCGACUCCAUCGUCUGAUAACACAGUUUCUGCUGGAAUGCCCACUCCACCAGCGACUCCGGCAAGAACUCCGCCGAAGGACAAAGAUCAGGAGUCGUUGAAGACGUCGAUACAUAUCCCGAUCAAUUCGUGUGAGAAGUCUGGAGCGAUGGAGCCGGGAAAUCAUGGGAAUGGAGGCGGGCCAGGAGGUGGUUUGGGUGGGAAAAGGGAUGAGAAAGGUAAUAGAUUGUGAGAAAUGAGGUGGGGAUAGGCUAGGAAAUGCUCAAAAUUAAGGGAGAAUUUUUUAACACUUGAAGAAAUUGCACAGUGCGAUAAAAAGAUAAGAAAAUUUCUGCACUGUGCAGUUUUUUGAAGUAACAAGACUGCACUGUGCAAAAAAUAAAAAACAUUUUUAACGCACAGUGCGGUGAGAAAUGAGGUGGGGAAAGGCUGGGAAAUGCUCAAAAUUAAGGGAGAAAUUUUUAACAAUUGAAGAAAUUGCACAGUGCAACAGAAAAAAUAAUUUUUUUUUGCACUGUGCAAUUGUUUGAAGAAAUAAGACUGCACUGUGCGAAAUAUAAAAAACAUUUUUAACGCACAGUGCGUGAGAAAUGGGGCUAGAGAAGAUGGGUAGAUACUCAAAAUCAAGUAAAUAAUUUUUGUCGAAAAAAAUAAAAAUUAUGCACUGUGCAGCCAUUUCAAAUUGGAGUCUGCACUGUGCAGUGUUUUGAAGAAAUAAGACUGCACUGUGCAAAGGAUAAAAAUUAUUUUAACGCACAGUGCGGUGAGAAAUGAGGUAGAGAAAGCUGGGAAAUACUCAAAAUAAAGAAAGAAAUUUUUGGCAUACAAUUUUCUUUUGAAAUUUUGAUUUUUUCGAAUUUUGAUUACCUUGAUUUUUUCAAGAAAUUUUAUAUUUCUAAUAUGUUGUAGCGAAAAUUAACAGGGGAAGUACUCCAAGUGCGACGCUCAGAUUUUCUUUAAAUUUUGCACACACGUCGGGUAUGGACUAAAUAUAAAUUACUGAAAGUUUUAGCUCGCGCUUUGCGGCGGCCGCCGAGAUAUCGAACGAAUUUUGCCGCCGAGAGAGCACGCUAAACGUGGAGAGCGGUCAGAGAGAGAAAAACAGUUUUUGGCAAUAACUUUGGCAGUUUCGAGCGGAAAAAUUUGAUUUUUUGUAGAAACAUUAUCCUUUACGGUAGAAAUUGGCAUGAAACUUUUCGAGCCGAAAUUCGGGAAAAAGUCCUAAAUUUUGGCCUACUUUCGAUCUUAAAAUCUCCAUUGUUUCUGCAAAGCGCGAGCUAGGAUUCUCGCAUACAUCUUAGAAAAAAUUAUUCUAAAUUUGUGCCAAGUUUCACCAAAAUCUGAGCGUCGCACUUGGAGUACUUCCCUUGUAAGCUCGAAUUGUAACCAUUUGCCUCGCAAAAAGUUAGAUUUUCUUCCAGAACCCCCUGUCCGUUCCCAAGUUCCUCCACCAUCUUCCCAGCCAGUUCAAUCCGCUGCUCCGCCUGCUCCCCCCAAUCCUUCUCCAGCUCCAGUUCAGCCGGCUCAAAAUUCUCAAAAUGCGACUACCGCUUCUCCAGCCCCAUCUAGUGGAUCACAGGCAACGGCGGGCAGCUCCUCCAAUCUCUCGCUGACUUCGUUGGGCUCAUCGGCAUACGAGAACAGCAAAUCUAACUCAUAA